AUGGGCAGCGGCGCGUCACGGCUGCUCACCGCGUGCGCGUGCUCGCGGCCGGCGCCGGCGUCCGUCGACGCCGAGCCCUGCCUGGACGACGCGCUCGGCCACUCCUUCUGCUACGCCUCCGCCGCCGCAUACUCCUCCUCCUUCCGCCACGGCAUCUCCGGCGCCGCGCUCUCCGCCAACUCCUCCGUGCCCGUGCCGCUCUACCUCUCCUCCUCCGCCGCCGGCGCGGGCUCCGUGCCGCAGAACUACUCCUCCGCGUUCCACACAUCCUCCUCCUUCUCCUCCGCGCCGCUGCAGCUCUCCAACCUCUCCUCGGGGCCCCUCUUCCUCUCCGGGCCCAUCGACCGCGGCGCCCAGCUCUCCGGCCCGCUCGACGCCGCCGUGCCCUUCUCCGGCCCGCUCCCCACCAAGCCCACCAAGCGCACCUCCUCCUCGUCCAGAGGGCUCUCCAGCAGGUUCCGGAAGCCAUUAUUCGGCAGCCUGCGGCGGAGCGUGUCCGAGAAGCACCAGCCGGCGCUCAUGGUGCCACUCCGCCGAGACGACGGCGUGCAGUGGGCGCACGGGCGUGCAGGGGAGGACCGCGUCCACGUGGUUGUCUCCGAGGACCAGCGUUGGCUGUUCGUCGGCAUUUACGACGGCUUCAACGGCCCUGAGGCCCCCGACUUCCUUGUUGCCAACCUCUACCGCUUCCUCCUACGCGAGCUUCGUGGGAUAUUCUACGAAGAGGCAGACAGGGAUAGCAAGCGGCUGUGGCAGUUCCUCGCUGACGGCGACGACGAUGACAAUGAACUCGACUUUUCAGGUUCCGGCCGGUUUGCAAUGUCGCUUGCCAGGCUCAAGGAGCGUCGGUUCAACAUGUGGGCACAUGCAGCGGCUGUGGGUGAUGAUGAAAUCAACAGGGAGUGGGGUCCCAAGAAGUUGGAGGCAGCGCCAGCAGUGAGAGAUCAUGGAGCUGUGCUUGGUGCGCUCACUCGGGCGCUGGCCUCGACGGAGGCAGCAUACCUCGACAUGACUGACCAAUCAAUGGGAUCCCACCCGGAGUUGGCGGUGACCGGGGCAUGCCUGCUUGUGGCAUUGGUGAGGGAUGACGAUGUGUAUGUAAUGAAUCUUGGGGACAGCCGCGCCAUUGUGGCGCAACGAGCAGAUGAUGACCAUGGUUGCGGGCUUGGAGCCAUGAGGAUGGAUGACAUCGGCGUGGGAUUGGAGAUCGAGUCAAGGCCUGUCGGAUAUCCCAUGAUUGGGCUCGAGGCAUUGCAGUUGUCUAUCGAUCAUAGCACCAGCAUCGAAGAGGAAGUGCAGAGGAUCAAACGUGAACAUCCAGAUGAUGAUCAGUGUAUCGUAAAUGACAGAGUAAAGGGCCGUUUAAAAGUUACCCGAGCAUUUGGCGCUGGGUAUCUCAAGCAGGCAAAGUUGAACAAUGGAUUGCUGGAGAUGUUCCGCAAUGAAUACAUAGGUGAUGCACCAUACAUAUCAUGCAUACCUUCUCUUUGCCAUCACAAGCUCACUUCAAGGGACCAGUUUUUGGUACUUUCUUCGGAUGGCUUAUAUCAGUACCUGAGCAACGAGGAGGUAGUUCUGCAUGUUGAGAAUUUCAUGGAGAGAUUUCCUGAAGGCGACCCAGCACAGAGUCUAAUUGAGGAACUUCUUUCGCGUGCAGCAAAGAAAGCUGGUAUGGAUUUCUACGAGCUACUAGAUAUACCUCAAGGGGACCGGAGGAAAUACCACGACGAUGUCACCGUCAUGGUUGUUUCCCUGGAAGGUAGAAUAUGGAAAUCGUCUGGAACUUAUGUGUGA